AUGUCUGACCAUGCUGAAGUGAUGAGAGGAAUCCAGCGGUAUCCUGGCAUUCAGUACCCUGUUCUUACCCCGAAUCUUUAUGGUUUUCACCAAGCCGUUGGUGCUGGAGCCACUGAGAUAUCAGUGUUUGGUGCCGCCUCCGAGUCCUUUAGCAAGAAGAAUAUUAACUGCUCCAUCGAAGAAAGUAUGGGAAAAUUUGAAGAGGUCAUUCAAUCUGCAAGCCAAAUGAACAUCCCAGCACGAGGGUAUGUGUCUUGUGCCCUGGGCUGUCCAUAUGAAGGAAGCAUUGCUCCGCAGAAAGUGACGCAAGUGGCGAAGAGACUGUACGGCAUGGGCUGCUAUGAGGUAGCCCUGGGAGACACGACCGGCGUGGGCACCCCCGGAAGCGUGAGGAGAGUGCUGGAAAGCGUCCUGAAGGAAAUCCCACCCGCUGCACUCGUGGUGCACUGUCACGACACGUAUGGACAAGCCCUGGCGAACAUCCUCAUGGCCCUGCAGAUGGGGAUCACCGUGGUGGAUUCUGCAGUGUCCGGCCUGGGUGGCUGUCCGUAUGCAAAAGGCGCCUCUGGGAACGUGGCCACCGAGGACCUGAUAUACAUGCUUCAUGGCCUGGGGGUGCACACAGGUGUGAAUCUCUACAAAGUGAUGGAAGCUGGUGACUUUAUUUGCAAAGCUGUGAAUAAAACUACAAACUCUAAAGUAGCACAAGCAUCUUUCAGUGCCUGA